AGUCUGACUACAUACACAUAUACACACACACUCACACGCGCGCGCGCACGCACGCAAACGCACACACACACAUACACACACAGAGAGAGAGAGAGAGAGAGAGUAAUGGCAUGAAGCAUUAACAGCAGCAGCACCAGCACCAUCCUGACCAAAGCGCUUCUCCCACACUCACUCACACACACACUCACACACACACUCAGUGACAGUGAGCCAGUCUGAACUUUGGCAUCGGCUCGAGCGACGUGCUGCUGAUCUGCGCUGAGAGCGGAGAGAAAAAUCCUGCAGCGCCAGUUGAAGUGCUUUACGCGCGGACGCGCCGCGGCUGUCGGACAUGGGAGCGGAUUUAUGAGGAGCUUUUAUCCGGAGCUUUGAUGGGAGUUGCUGUGUGUUUUUUUGCUCCUGUGCCGAAGUGAGCCAUGUUUCCUCCCUGUGCUCUCUGCUGCCUGGCUUUCCUGCUCGUCUCGGCGCCGCUGCGAGGGACCAACUCACAGCAAGUGUGCACGGGCACAGAAAACAAACUGAGUACCCUAUCGGAUCUAGAGCAGCAGUACCGGACCCUGCGCAAGUACUAUGAGAACUGCGAGGUGGUGAUGGGCAACCUGGAGAUCACCAGCAUCGACCGUAGCCGGGACCUGUCAUUUCUCAGGUCCAUCCGGGAGGUGACAGGAUACGUGCUGGUGGCUCUGAAUCAGUUUGACUAUCUGCCCCUAGAGAAUCUGCGCAUCAUCCGUGGUACGCGGCUCUACGAGGACCGCUACGCCCUCGCCAUCUUCCUCAACUACCGCAGAGACGGCCAUUUUGGACUGCGCCAGCUUGGCCUCAAGAACCUCACAGAAAUUCUGCACGGAGGUGUGUAUGUGGACCAGAAUAAGUUGCUUUGCCAUGCCGACACCAUCCACUGGCAAGAUAUCGUGAAGAACGCUCGUCCCGAUUACCUGGUGGUGCCGUCCAACAGCAGCAACACUUGUCAGAGGUGCCAUCGUGCCUGCAACGGCCGCUGCUGGGGCCCGAAAGAGAGCCAGUGUCAGAGCUUGACUAAGACGGUGUGCGCUGAACAGUGUGAUGGUCGUUGUUUUGGUCCGUAUGUCAGUGACUGCUGCCAUAAGGAGUGUGCAGGAGGCUGCUCGGGUCCCAAAGACACCGACUGCUUUGCGUGCACUAACUUUAAUGACAGCGGGGCGUGUGUGACGCAGUGUCCUCAGCCCUUCGUCUACAACCCUACCACCUUCCAACUGGAACACAACCCUCGCGCCAAGUACACAUAUGGAGCCUUCUGCGUCAAGAAGUGCCCACAUAACUUUGUGGUGGAUCACAGCUCGUGUGUCCGUGCAUGUCCCAGCAACAAGAUGGAAGUGGAAGAGAACAAGAUAAAAAUGUGCAUUCCCUGCACUGACAUAUGCCCCAAAGCAUGUGAUGGAAUCGGGACAGCGAGUCUGCAGACGGCUCAGACUGUCGACUCCAGCAACAUCGACAGGUUUAUUAACUGCACGAAGAUCAAUGGCAACCUGGUGUUCCUCAUCACGGGAAUCAAAGGUGAUGUGUACCACAACAUUGAGGCUUUGGACCCAGAGAAACUCAACGUGUUCCGCACUGUUCGAGAGAUCACUGGUUUCCUGAACAUUCAGUCAUGGCCAGAAAACAUGACAGACCUGAGCGUCUUCUCUAAUUUGGCAACCAUCGGUGGCCGAUCGCUCUAUAGUGGAAUCUCUCUGUUGGUGCUCAAGCAGCAGUGGAUCUCAUCGCUGCAGCUGCAGUCUCUGCGUGAGAUCAGUGCCGGCAACGUCUAUAUCACCAACAACAGCCAGCUGUGCUACUACAACACCAUCAACUGGACCAGCCUCUUCCGCAUCCCGGCGCAGAAAGCCCUGAUCCGCAACAACAGGGACCCGAAAGAGUGCGUUAUGGAGCGCAUGGUGUGUGACCCGUUGUGUUCGGACGCUGGGUGUUGGGGUCCGGGUCCGGAUCAGUGCCUGUCCUGCCGCUUCUUCAGCAGGGGGCGCAUGUGUGUGAAGUCCUGCAACCUGCACUACGGGGAGGUGCGAGAGUUUGCGAAUGGCUCCAUGUGUGUAGAGUGUGACGCUCAGUGUGAGAGAGCUGAAGAUGAUGGUCUGACCUGCACUGGACCGGGUCCUGAUCAUUGUGUGAAGUGUCUUCACUUUAAAGAUGGGCCUAACUGUGUGGAAAAAUGUCCCGAUGGACUCCAGGGAGCCAAUAGCUUCAUCUUUAAAUAUGCAGAACCCAACAAGGAAUGUCAUCCCUGCCACAUCAACUGCACCCAGGGAUGCACCGGGCCCAGGCUUCAGGAUUGCAUUGGCAUGAUUGACAGGACUCCUCUGAUUGCAGCAGGGGUGAUCGGCGGCUUGUUCGUGGUGGUCAUUGUGGCGCUGGGCGUGGCCGUGUCGGUGAGAAGGAAAAGCAUCAAAAAGAAAAGAGCCCUCAGGCGCUUCCUGGAGACGGAGCUGGUGGAGCCUCUGACCCCGAGUGGUGCAGCACCCAAUCAGGCCCAGCUCCGGAUUCUGAAGGAGACGGAGCUGAAGAGGGUGAAGAUUCUUGGUGCAGGAGCCUUUGGCACUGUCUACAAGGGGAUCUGGGUGCCUGAGGGAGAGACGGUGAAGAUCCCGGUGGCAAUUAAGAUCCUGAACGAGGCGACAGGACCCAAAGCAAAUGUGGAAUUCAUGGAUGAGGCACUGAUCAUGGCCAGUAUGGAGCAUCCUCACCUGGUACGUCUGCUCGGAGUGUGUUUGAGUCCCACCAUCCAGCUGGUGACCCAGUUAAUGCCCCACGGCUGCCUGCUUGACUACGUACACGAGCACAAAGACAACAUCGGCUCCCAGCUGCUGCUCAACUGGUGUGUGCAGAUCGCCAAGGGCAUGAUGUAUCUGGAAGAGCGGAGGCUGGUGCACCGAGACCUGGCAGCCAGGAAUGUGCUGGUCAAAUCCCCCAACCACAUCAAGAUCACAGACUUCGGGUUGGCGAGGCUGCUGGACGCAGAUGAAAAGGAAUAUAACGCAGAUGGGGGGAAGAUGCCUAUUAAAUGGAUGGCCUUGGAGUGUAUCCACUACAGGAAGUUCACUCACCAGAGUGAUGUCUGGAGUUACGGAGUGACUAUUUGGGAGCUGAUGACGUUCGGAGGAAAGCCGUAUGACGGAAUUCCCACGCGCGAGAUUCCUGACCUGCUGGAGAAAGGCGAACGACUCCCUCAGCCGCCCAUCUGCACCAUCGACGUCUACAUGGUCAUGGUGAAAUGCUGGAUGAUUGACGCGGACAGCAGACCGAAGUUUAAGGAGCUAGCAGCGGAGUUCUGCAGAAUGGCCCGAGACCCCCAGCGCUACCUCGUCAUCCAGGGUGAUGACCGGAUGAAGCUGCCCAGCCCCAAUGACAGUAAGUUUUUCCAAAGUCUGCUGGAUGAGGAGGAGCUUGAGGACCUGAUGGAUGCUGAGGAGUACCUGGUGCCUCACACCUUCAACAUCCCCCCUCUUACCUACACCACUCGCUCACGCCUCGACUCCAACCGAAAUCAGUUUGCCUAUCAGGAUGGCAGUUUUGGUAUGGAGGCGAUGAUGGCCACUAUACCACGAGUGGUAGCUGUGUCCUCUAUAUCACCAUCCUGCUCCUCUCAAGAGCCUCAGCAGGGUGCAGCAGGAGUCACCGAAGACCCACGUUGUAAUGGCACCCUGAGAAAACAAGCAUCUCCCCGGGUCAGGACCGGAGAGGAAAGUAGUGCUCAGCGCUACAGCACAGAGCCCACACUUCUACUGAGUGAACGAGCAGCCAGAGCAGAAAAAGACCAGGAUGGAUACAUGACUACUAAGAAGGAGAAGAAACCCACAGAUUAUCUGAACCCUGUGGAGGAGAACCCUUUUGUGACCCGCCGCAGAAAUGGAGAAGUCCAUAAUCUAGACCAGGGCCACCAUUCCAGCUCCAAUGGCCAAACCAAGAUGGAGGAUGAAUAUGUCAACGAUCCACUCUAUCUCAACACCUUCCACAACUCUGGAGAGAAGAAUCAGGAGGUCUUACGUAAGAACGGCAUCCCUGUGGCUCAUGCAACAGUGGCAUCGGGCAACCCUGGUACUGCCAGUGGCCAAAAUGUUGCCCAAAAGGGUCACCCAUCACACAGUGCUCCUUCAGGGCAUGGCCAUAUCCCGGCACAGCCCAUUUACUCCACUCAGUCCGGUAUACCCACCCUUUCAGGCCACACGCUCCAUCCUUCCCUUUCAGGCCACACCCUCCACGCGUCACAUACCCUCCACCCAGCUCACUCUGGCACUGUUGUAGCGGACAAAAAGCCCAAAAAGACCUUUGACAACCCUGAAUACUGGCAGCACAGUCUUCCACCCAAGGCAACACUACAUGGGCCAGAGGUCUUGCAGGACUGCAGCACACGCUUCUUCUACAGGCAGAAUGGCCGCAUCCGGCCUGCUGUAGCCGAAAACCAGGAGUACCUGACAGAGUACGCCCUGAAAACAGGCACCGUGCUCCCACCGCCACCCUACCGGCAGAGGAACACAGUGGUGUAGCACCAGGGAGGCAAAAGAAAGAUAGAGAGUGGAAGGAGAGGGAGAAUAGGAGGAAGAAGACAUUCAUGUUUUCUUCUCACCCUGGAUCUUACACCAGUACUAGUUCUCCUCCCUUCCCCUCCUCUCCUCUACUCCUGACUGUAUUUCAUGCUUAAUUAGCAUCCAGAUGGUGUUUCUCUAAACAAGACAGAUGAAAGACAACCAUGUCAGUCAACCUUCCUCCUUGUUUUACCCCUCUACAUCCCACUAUCACAGAUACUGGCCAUGAUGUCGUUGGCACAUGGACUUCGUAUUCCCUUGGCAAAAGAGAUACCUUUCCUCUGCAAUGCUAGAUCCUCUAUUUGCAUCAUACUGGAAUUGGUUUGGAGACAUAAUCGAGAACUGGUAGGCAAGUAAACAUUUAUAAAAAGGUCUUUGACUACCAAUCUACUGCCACACUGUGGACAUUUUUAAAGACGUCAAGACAAAACAGCACCAAGCACCAAGUCUGUCUAUGUGGGCCCUUUUUCUGCACUGCUAUUACCCUAGUAAUUAUUCCCCUAAUUUGUUAGAUAGAUAUCACAAUGGCAUUCCAGAUGGUGAUAUAUACCCUUUGCUACAGCUCCAUUUUCAUCAUUUACCACAUGCGAAACACUUAAAAAGUCCUUCGAGAGGUGUUUGGGACAGUGUCAUCUCUCAUCUUCAUAGUACCAUGUAGUCCCUAUAGUCACUGCCUUUCUUUUUUAAAUAAAUGAUAGUAGAAUUACAUCACCCUAAAGAUCCAAUGACCUAAUGUUGGGACCAUAAAGUGCCAGUACAAACCCCAUGUGUCCAACUGUCUCAAACACACAUGCACAUACAAAAAGCCAAAAAUGUUGAGUUUCAGCAUGGCACUCCAUAUGGCCGAUACAGAGAGGAACUUAUGGCUACUGUAAAGACUAUUGUUCAUAAAAGAAGAUGCGUUCAAUAGUCUGCUGUAGUAUUUUUUUUUUUUCUUGUCCAUCCAGCAUUGAUUUUUUUUUUUCACCAUCACACAGCAACAGUUGUCACACAGCAAAGCACCAGUUGUGAUAAUGGACUGCACACACAGAGGUAAUAAAAAAGGACUAUAUAGACUGCACAAACGGGAUCUAUCUUAAAUGCCUGAUAAUAAUAACCAAGGCAUAUACAGAAUACAGGCGAUACAGGCCUCUUGACCAAUAUUGACCUUUUGUUGAGGAGUGAUAUGAAAUUGUGAUAGUCCAUCAAAGGAGGGGCAGCAAGUGGCACACUGGGACUCGUUGUCAAUAGGAAACGCUUGAGCUGGCACAAUUAAUACUGAAGCAGAGGAGCAUGAGGAGGAACAAGUGGCAGAAAAAAUCAUUGUGCCAAGUGGAAACAAAAACUAAUAUUCAACAUUUGAGGCAGAGACUUGUGUUCUUGGUAUUGGCCUUCUCCCUUUGGACUGUCAUCAGCUCGAAACACGAAAACUAAAGUUGUACUUCCUGCAACUUUAUAGGUUUGUAUUAUAAGAUAUAUGUUUGUCAUAAUAUUGGAGAACAAAUUGAAAAAUGUCACACAGUGAGAGAGAUCAUGUUGGCCAAGUGUCCAAGGCCAGGAUUGUGUGUAGUUUUGAACACUGCCAGGCAUUAUGUUUUGCUGCUAACGGAGAGACUCCACUUGUCUCUUAUGUAGGUUUUAAAAGCACUUAAUGGUCUGGCACUGUCAAAUAAUGUCUCUUUUUCCAACCGCUAAGACUGAUAAAUAUUUGACUCAUUCAUUUGAUUCCUCAUUUGUCAUAUUCGUAGAGGAAAGCCAGCCUGCACGUGUGUGUUGUGCUAUGUGGUUUGGCUACAAUUUUUUAAAUAUAUAUAUAUAUAUAUAUAUAUAUAUAUAUAUAUAUAUAUUAUAUAAAGGGUUAAGAUCUGGUACCUAUGUUUUGUACCCACAGAUUAACUGUAGUUCAAGACAAAAUUUGUUUUCAGAGGGGUUCUAUUGAUAUUUCUCCAAUACCAGCCUAGGCUUAAUACACUGAUGAUAUAGUUGGAGGGUUUUUCUGUAUAGGUGUGUCCAUUUCUGGUUUGUCCCUAUACUGAAAGUGAAAUUGGCACUAAUUGCAUACUGUACCAGAUUUUUUUUUUUUAUUAAGUAUUGUUUGCUUUAAACAAAGUAAUUACUUUUCAAGUGGUCUCCGGCUGAAAACAAUGAAAAGGAACACCAAACUGCUUCACCACAUAUCCCAAAGGUAUAUGGAAUAGGUCAAAUUAAGUUAUUGUUAAAUUAUUCUACGAUGUUCCUAUUAACAUCUAAAAGAGAUAUAAAUUGCCUUUGUAGGAACAAUUUGAUACAUGAAUCAGUUUUAUUUUAGCUCUUGGCAAUAGCUUAAUGUAGUGACUAUGGACUAAGUGCCAAGCUGAACCAAGGCCAGAUGACUACUCUAGUUAUGUGCAUAAUUACUGUUAAACAACUAAACUGAGGUGAGAGGGAAAUCUUCUAAUGAAUGGGAUGUGAGGGGAACUUCUCAGCUGGAUGAAGACGCUAUUUCUGCACAUAUGCUAACAUUAAAGGUAUAGUUAGUAAGAUUUUCAAGGCAAAUGUGAUUCAAGCAUAUAUGAUCGAAUAACUGUGUAAGAGAGAAUGUUGUUCUGUGACGUGAUCGCAGAGAGGUUAAUGUUUCCUUAGUUAUUUAUGAUAGUUAUGGGCAUACAGUAAAAACCAUAAAUAAUCACUUUUUUUUUUCCACGUGUCACAUUUCGCAAAAGUGUCAAAAGGUUUGUCAUGCUUUUGAAAGCAUGUAUCACAUGUAUAGCAGCUAUGGAGGAGGGAGUCCUUGGAGAAACCUGUGUGUAGAUGUAGCAAACACUGGGACAGAGCCCAUCUUAAACUAACAAGCAGCUAAUAAAAUAAUGUCUAGACCAAAACACUGAAGGUGAAACAAACAUCUGUGAUAACCUUGAAGUUAGGAGACUCAAAAUUGAAGAACGUUUGUGUGGCGGCCUGGGAAAACCAUUCACUUAAUCAAUUUUUAACAUUUUCUACUAAAACUGACACUCGUGUCUAAUAUGCAUAUAUAUCAAUAUAUACACAUAUAUAUAAUACUUUAUAAUCUAUCUAUCUAUCUAUAUAUAUAUAUAUAUAAUUUUAAAGUAUUCUUACCCCAAAAAGUGAAACAGGAGAAAGGUUUCAUUCCAGUUCCACUGAAAGACACCUCACAUACCUCUAUAUUCAUAAUCUAAUCUUCUUAUGGAAGCACAACAUUACUGCCAAAUUUUAAAGAGUUGUAAAAUUGUGUGAAAUGGGUUCUGACUUUGAUAAUCAACAUCAUCUACAUCAGUAUCAAUCUCAUCACACCUGAUUCAUUCAUUCAUUUCUUGAGUAAAUGUUGAGCAGAUUUCUUGUUAAUAAUGUCUUUUAUUAGGUCAUUGAAACACUUUAUCGGCUGUUGUCUGUGCAGAGUGUGUACGCGUUCUCUGUAUGGACGAUGAUGCGAUGGCUCAGAAGCAUCGAAGACAUUUUAACAGACAGAUUCUGAUUACAAAUUAAACUGAUUAAGCUUAUGUCCAUUUUGAUAGAGUAGAAAUUCAUCCAACUUGAUCAUUCUGUGUGUGAGGAAAUCACCCUUAGCUAGCAAGGUUUUAGCUGACUUUAGGCAGGCUGACCUUUUACCUUUUUUGACCUUUUUUGUUAAACUGGCUCUUUGCAGGACGUCAAGGCAAGGAUAGAACCUAGUAACAACCCAUUUUUUAUUACUUAAUGAUGCUGAACUAUAUUACUGGCAGAAAACUGGUCAAAACACUGUUUGCCAGAAUUUAGCCAGAGACAUCCCAGGGUUUUCCCACACUGCCACACAUAUAAUGGACGAAAAGAUACUCUCAGUGAAAAAAACCUAAACAAGGAUCAACAUUUAGAUCUCAGUAACCUCAUUUCUCUUUAACAUGAAUGUGCAAACAAACCUUUUGAAAUGUGACCCUUUUGUAAAUAUCUGGAGUUUUUUUUUUUUGUUUGUUUGUUUUUUUUUUUUUUGGAGAAGGAGGGUUGACAUAAUGUGAAAAUGGUAUUGAAAUAUUAGUGAAGGUUUCAUACUUUUUUAAAAUUUAAUGCUUGAAGUUAAUAUCUGUAGGUACACUACUUGUCUAGUUCUUCCUGCAAUUCCUGCAAAUACUUCACUUGGCCUUGAAAUGGAAUGUAUAUCUAAAAAAGAAAAAAAAAACCUACAUAAUCAAACGAUAUACAGUUUGAUAUACGAUAUAACGAUAUACAGACAAGCAGAAAGACAGCAAUUAAAUCACAGUUAUGAAAUAGUCAUAUAUAUAUAUAUAUAUAUGGAAUGAAAGGCCAUGUGAUUUCAGGACAUUUCAGCACACUGUUGUUAAGAAAGUAAUUACAAGUACUAAUUUAUAUCUACCAGUGCUACUGACACUUUAAUAAGGGAGUGGCAUAAAGUACAGGGUUUGUGUUUGGGCGGUGGUUUAUCUUUUACUGUCUCUUUCGUAUUUACAGUAAUUUAUUUCUCUCAUGUCUAUGUGACCAGAAAGUGGAGAGAGAGAGGGGGAGAGAGAGAGGGAGAGAGAGAGGGAGAGAGAGAAAGAAAGACAAAGCACAGUUUACACAUCCAUCCUCCGUUUUAUAUUCAACCAGUUAAGGGAAGGCGACAUCUUCCCGAGCUACAAGAUACACUUUGCAGUGGUCGUUCCUCGUGAUUUUACUACUGUUAACUGAGAAAAUGUGAAUAGUAUUUUUAUAGAUUGUUGAACUGGCCAGGUGAAUUUGUAAAUAGAUGGUACGCAUUCUCUUUUGGACUGUUCAGAUUGCUUUUUUUUUUUUUUUUUU